GACUGCAGUAACUUUAAGUACGUUGACUACAGUGAAAAUUUUCUUUGAUUUUGGAUGAAUUACUGUUUUGAUUACACUUGUCUACUUAAGGAAACUUGACGAGCGAGGCUUCGUAACGCAAUCGCCUGCUGUUCAUGCACGGUAAUAGCGCGCAUGACGGAGCUGCGCUGUAGACUGAGCCGCCGCCGUGACAGUGAAUGUACAGUACGCGCCGACUAAGGAGGAGAACAUACCUCAUACCUUACCCCUGUUGCAACGGACUAUCACGAACAACUGUGACGCACAGCCUGCAAUUAAACCAUCGCCUAAACUACAGGUGUAAGGACCCUGGGGACGAGGGACUCCGGUCUCUUGUUCAGUCAUUCUCUCUUCUAAACUCUCCUCCUUAUCAGUUAGCUGUUCUCAACUGAAGCCAAACAAUCAGAUCAGAGCAGGAUAGCUGAGCAACUGUCCGUAAAAAGUCCCGCACUACCAGAACGAUACUAAUGCGCGGAUAUUGUCAGUUUACACAGCCAGCGAGUACACGGACGGGCGGCGAGCAUGUAAAAUAAUCUCCGCAAAAAUGGACCAAAGGAAAUACUUCUACAUCCUCGUUCUGCUUGCGCAAGUACUGGAAUUAACAUGCGGACAGUUCUUUCCAGGCAGCUGUACGUUUGAAGAGCACUACAGCAGCUGUGGCUACAGUGUGGCUCUGGGGACCACAGGCUUCGCCUGGGAGCAAGUCAACACAUGGGAGAAGCCCACAAUGGAAGCCGCCAUUCCCACGGGGUCCUUCAUGGUGGUCAAUGCCUCUGGACGUGCCUCGGGACAGAAGGCCCACCUACUCCUCCCGACACUCAAGGAAAACGACACUCACUGCAUUGACUUCCACUACUCCCUGUCCAGCCGUGACGGCUCCAGCCCCGGAUCCCUCAAUGUGUACAUCAAGGUGGAUGGUGGUUCCCAAGGCAACCCUGUGUGGAACGCGUCCACGGUGACCGAGGGCUGGGUGAAGGCGGAGCUGGCCAUCAGCACCUUCUGGCCCAACUCCUACCAGGUGAUAUUCGAGGCGGUGUCGGUGCAGGGCCACCCUGGAUACCUGGCGGUGGAUGAAGUGCGAGUGCUAGCCCACCCCUGCCGUAAAGCUCCCCACUUCCUGCGACUGCAGAGCGUUGAGGUCAACGUAGGCCAGAAUGCCACCUUCCAGUGCAUCGCCGGGGGCAAGUGGUCCCAUUAUGACAAGUUGUGGCUACAGCAGCAGUGGAAUGGGAAGGACACAGCGCUGAUGGUGACCCGGAUGGUGAACCAGCGCCGCUUCUCCGCUACGGUCAGUGUGGUGGACACCUCGCAGAGGGGUGUCAGCAAGUACCGCUGCGUCAUCCGCUCAGACGGUGGCUCUGGCGUCUCCAACUACGCCGAGCUUAUCGUCAAAGCUCCACCGACGCCCAUCGCUCCCCCAGAGCUGCUGGCCGUGGGUGCCACCUACCUGUGGAUCAAGCCCAAUGCCAACUCCAUCAUCGGGGAUGGACCCAUCAUGCUAAAGGAGGUGGAGUACCGCACCACCAAGGGCAACUGGGCCGAGACCCACAUUGUGGACUCGCCCACCUACAAGCUGUGGCAUCUGGACCCGGACGUGGAGUACGAGAUCAAGGUUCUGCUGACCCGGCCAGGAGAGGGCGGCACGGGACCGCCUGGGCCACCCCUGGUCACCCGCACCAAGUGUGCUGAUCCGGUCCAUGGCCCCCAGAACGUGAACGUGGUGGACAUCCGUGCCAGGCAGCUGACCCUGCAAUGGGAGGCGUUUGGCUACGCGGUGACGCGCUGCCACAGCUUCAACCUGACCGUCCAGUACCAGUACGUGUUCAACCAGCAGGAGUUUGCUGCUGAGGAGCUCAUCCAGACGUCCACCCACUACACGCUGCGCGGCCUGCGGCCCUUUGUCACGGUCAAGCUGCGCCUGGUGCUGGCCAACGCCGAGGGCAGCAAGGAGAGCGAGGAGAUCGUCAAGCAGACCGAGGAGGACGUGCCCGGCCCGGUUCCCAUGGAGUCGAUCCAGACGGGACCUUAUGAGGAGAAGAUCUUCAUGCAGUGGAAAGCUCCCAACGAGACAAAUGGGGCCAUCACACUAUAUGAGAUCACCUUUAAGGCCCUGAACUCCCUGGACCCCAGCGCGGACCUCACCACGCAGCACGGGAGCGUGUUCAAGCUGCGCAACGAGACGCACCAUCUCUUUGUGGGUCUCUACCCCGGGACCACCUACUUCUUCACCCUGAAGGCCCGCACCAGCAAGGGCUUCGGACCGCCCGUGACCACACGCGUGGCCACCAAGAUAGCAGCUCCGAUGAUGCCUGAGUAUGAGACAGACAUGCUGUUGAACGAGACGGACACCACCAUCACCGUACUCCUCAAGCCGGCCCAGUCCAGAGGAGCUCCGGUCAGUGCGUACCAGGUGGUGGUCCAGGAGGAGCGGAAGCAGAAGGUGCGGCGGGCGACCGAUGCGGUGGAGUGCUUCGCCGUGCCCAUGAGUUACCGCAACGCCUCCAUCCACAACUCGGCCCACUACUUUGCCGCCGAGCUGCCGCCGGCCACCGUCGCGUCCACGCACUCCUUCACCAUAGGGGACAACAAGACGUACAACGGCUACUGGAACGCGCCGCUCUCACCAGCCAAGAGCUACAGCAUUUACUACCAGGCCCUGAGCAGAGCCAAUGGGGAAACUAAAAUCAACUGUGUCCGACUGGCUACUAAAGUGGUAAUAGGUAGGGGACAAAUAACCACGCCGUACAUACUUGUCAUCCCCAGUGAAGGUGCGUCCACCCAGAACUCCAACGCCGUGGAGCCCGAGAAACAGGUGGACAGCACCGUCAAGAUGGCCGGCGUCAUCGCCGGGAUUCUUAUGUUUGUCAUCAUCCUCCUGGGUGUCGUGCUUACAUUCAAGAGAAGGGAAAUACACUCCUGGAGAACCCUGAGUGUGGGAAGAAAUGCGUAUUCCUACUCUUACUACCUGAAACUGGCCAAAAAGCAGAAGGAGACGGCCAGCAGCAGCACGCAGAGAGAGAUGGGCCCAGUAGGCACAGCCGACAAGAGCACGGGCAAGGUCAGCACCCUGCACAAGGACGACCCCUUCUCCACCAGCAGCCAGGACCUCAACGGUUUCUCCUCCUCCUCCCCCUGCUCCUUCUCUGUCCAGGGCAAAACUCUUCAAAGCAAAACUCUCCUCAACUCCUACUACUCAGUGUCCAAAGAACCUGUCCCUGCAACUGCGUCAUUAGACAGUAGCCACAGUGAGAUGGCCCAGCCCUCCCUGACCAUCCAGACGUACCCGUACGGCGGCUGCGAGUCCGUGGAGAUGUCCUACCAGGCGGGCCAGUUCCAGCCGGCCAUCCGCGUGGCCGACCUGCUCCAGCACAUCACCCAGAUGAAGUGUGGCCAGGGCUACGGCUUCAAGGAGGAGUACGAGGGCCUCGCUGAAGGGCAAACGGCACCAUGGGAGACGGCCAAAAAGGACGAGAACCGCAACAAGAAUCGCUAUGGAAACAUCAUCGCUUACCCCACAGAUGAUCACACCCGGGUCCGGCUGCAACCGUUGGAUGGAGACCCCCACUCAGACUACAUCAACGCCAACUACAUUGACGGGUACCACAGGCCAAGGCACUACAUCGCCACUCAAGGGCCCAUGCAGGAGACAGUGAGGGAUUUCUGGAGGAUGAUUUGGCAGGAGAAUUCCGGCAGCAUCGUCAUGGUUACCAACUUGGUGGAGGUGGGCAGGGUGAAGUGCGUUCGCUACUGGCCUGAUGAGACAGAGGUCUAUGGGGACAUCAAAGUGACGCUGAUCGAGACGGAGCCAUUGGCCGAAUAUGUCAUUCGCACCUUCACCGUCCAGAAGAAGAGCCACCAUGAGAUCCGAGAGAUCCGGCAGUUCCACUUCACCAGCUGGCCAGACCACGGUGUGCCCUGCUACGCUACUGGUCUCCUGGGCUUCGUGCGCCAGGUCAAGUUCCUCAACCCUCCAGAUGCCGGACCUAUUGUGGUCCACUGCAGUGCCGGGGCUGGACGAACAGGCUGCUUCAUCGCCGUGGACAUCAUGCUGGACAUGGCAGAGAACGAGGGGGUGGUGGACAUCUUCAACUGCAUCCGGGAGCUGCGCUCACAGAGGGUCAACAUGGUGCAGACAGAGGAGCAGUACGUGUUUGUCCACGACGCCAUCUUGGAAGCCUGCCUGUGUGGGAACACUGCCAUCCCUGUGUGUGAAUUCAGAGCCAUAUACUACAACAUCAGUAGAAUAGACCCGCAGACCAACUCCAGCCAGAUCAAGGACGAGUUCCAGACGCUGAACAUUGUGACUCCUCGGGUGCGUCCAGAGGACUGCAGUGUGGGCCUGCUCCCUCGCAACCACGACAAGAACCGCAGCAUGGACGUGCUGUCCGCCGAUCGCUGCCUGCCUUUCCUCAUCUCCGUCGACGGCGAGUCCAGCAACUACAUCAACGCUGCCCUCAUGGAUAGCCACAAACAGCCAGCGGCCUUCAUUGUGACCCAGCAUCCCUUACCCAACACGGUGGCCGACUUCUGGAGGCUGGUGUUCGACUAUAACUGCUCCUCCAUCGUCAUGCUGAAUGAGAUGGAUGCCGCUCAGCUUUGCAUGCAGUAUUGGCCAGAGAAGAGCUCCUGCUGUUACGGUCCCAUCCAAGUGGAGUUUAUCUCCGCAGACAUUGACGAGGACAUCAUCAACCGAAUCUUCAGGAUUUGCAACAUGGCACGGCCACAGGACGGCUACCGCUUGGUGCAGCAUUUCCAGUUCCUGGGCUGGCCGGCGUACCGUGACACCCCGCUGUCCAAGCGCUCCAUCCUGCAGCUGGUGCGGAGACUGGCCAAGUGGCAGGAGCAGUAUGACGGAGGCGACGGCCGCACUGUGGUCCACUGCCUGACCGGUGGAGGACGGAGCGGAACAUUCUGUGCCAUCUGUAGCAUCACGGAGAUGAUCCAACAGCAGAACAUUGUAGACGUGUUCCACACAGUCAAGACCUUGCGGAACAACAAGUCCAAUAUGGUGGAGACUAUGGAACAGUACAGGUUCUGUUAUGAAGUAGCGCUGGAGAGUCUCAACUCUUUCUGAGAAAGUGAGAGAGAGUUCGAAGAAACACUGAACAUCUUACUCAUUCAUGUUGGACACUCAACGUUGUACAGAAGCACGCUGAAGAGGCCACUGCUCUGAGAAACUGUUCAAAUAAAGAGACCAUGCUCCUGUUGGACGACACAUGGCGUCUGAUUUUAUGUUGCAGGAUAAACUAUCUACAUCCACUAAGAAGAAAAAAAAAAUAAAGAUAAAAAAAACCAAACCUUUCAAACACAAAAAAAUGGACACUUACACUACACUUGUUUUCUCUUCUCUUAUGUCCAUGUCCAGCAUCCACAUGUGCAUGCUGGACUAUGAUGUGAUAUUGUACAGUACUUUUUAGAUAUAUACCUUGAAUGUUCCCAUCUGUGUAAAGAAAACUAGACUAAUGACUAAAGUGUAUACAUUACCACAAAGAAACGCUCUGGAUGCCAUAAGGGGUGAACCAAAAAGACUAUAAUUGAGCAAUGUACAGCUUCCCAAGGGAAAAUGAAGCUCAAUUAAAAUUUGAACAAAAAAACAUGCCUAAUCAUAAAUAUUUUUCUUAUUAUAAUGCUUUUGUGGUUCCUAAAAUAUGAAGUCAUGGCAUACGUUUUGUGCUUAAACCCGAACGCACAUGUUUUUAUUAUAAUUAUUAUUAUUAUCAUUAUUAUUAAGGGGAUUUGAAUAGUUGUUUGUAUUGAUUUUUUUGUUUGUUUUGUUUUUUGGUUUGUGUCUGCUUUUAAUUUAAUAUGUCAGUAUUGUGGUAUGGCCACCUAUGCCAAGCUUGAGUAAUGUUGCUAGUGUGGAUUUGCUGCAUCGCAAGUGAAAAGGUGGUUGAAGCUUUACUAUCCCCUAACUAUUGAGAUGCCACAGGCAGUGAAAGGUCAUGCCAUUUUUUUAAAUACAUCAAAAUUUUGUCUUGGUCAUUUUGCACUUUAUUUUGCACAUCCUUACCUCCAGUACUGAGCAUUUACAGAAAAAAGGCAAGCGGUGUCAUGUGAUUGCUAGUGCCAAUUGAUAUCGCACGGAAACACUCAAGCUAACUGUACAAACCGGAACACCACUAUAGAUUCAACAUACCUAGUGGUACUAAGGUAGGGAGACGUGGGAUAAGAAUACUUGAUUUGACUUUAACUCCCAUUCAUAUCAGAUGAGAAAAGAGAAUACAAACCCCAAAAAAAACAAAAAACAAAUCGCAAAACCUGUUACUUUUUUUCUACCCAGCGAUGAAGAAAUGAUCAUCUUGCAAUUAGAACGCAAGCUCUUGAGUGACCUUUGCACGCUAACCGUGUUUUGACUGUGUUCUCUGUAUACAGAACAGUUUUUGUACAGUAUUGUUCCAGGUUUGUCAUUAGAAUGUUCUGCUCAAUAUAUACAGCUGUCUAAGGUUAGGAAAUGGAAACUGAUCUUUCAAAAACAGUUGGUAUUCUGAAUUCUGGACACUGUGAAUGAUGAUACUCUGAAGAAUAGAGAAAUAAUUUAAGAUAGGUAUUUGAAAAGUGUGGAUGCACUCUUUUUUCUGUCCUUCAAAUGUCCAUGCUGUUUCUCCACUGCCUGCAUUAUAUUUUUAUUUUCCUUCUAUCUUUUUUGUUGUAUUUGAACAUUAUUUUUAUUUGUCUAGCAAAGUGAUAUUUAGCAUUGGUGAUUUACUUGCCAUGGUUGUUCUGUUGUUUGGAAUUGUGGUAACAUCAAUAAAGGGACCAAAAUGUUG